CCUAAUUUGCGCAUGCGCAAUUCGUGCAAAUUCCCUGUAGGCUUCCUGAUUAUUUACAACACGUUGCGUAUGAUGAUUAAAGUUUAGCCAGCGUUUCUGUCAAGACCAUGUGACGAGUGUUUACUAUUCUGGCUGUUUUUAUCUGCAGAAUUUAGGCAGUAGCACUUUGUAAAUUAUUAAGUGACAUGAGCCUCAGGGAUAAGGAGCUAAAGAUCCGUUUUAGCCCAGGUCACGUAGAGCUCGUGCAGGAGGACUUGUGCAGUUCAUACCGGCGUGUACUGGUGACCGGAGCCACUGGUCUUCUUGGACGUGCAGUCUACAAGGAGUUUCAGAACAAUGACUGGGAAACGCUGGGGUGUGGAUACACUCGCGCUCGGCCUCGCUUCCUCACCUGCAACCUGCUGGAUGAGGAAGCUGUGCGGACGGUUAUUCACAGCUUCCAGCCCCAUGUGAUCGUACACUGUGCUGCUGAGAGAAGGCCGGACGUGGUGGAGCAUCACACAGAAGCAGCCUUGAACCUGAAUGUACAUGCAUGUGCUACACUGGCAAAAGAAGCAGCUGGCAUCUUUCUGAUCUACAUUAGCACUGAUUACGUGUUUGAUGGACGCAAUCCCCCAUAUGGAGAAAAUGACACCCCCAACCCAUUAAACAUGUACGGGAAAUCAAAGCUUAGGGGGGAGGGGGAGAUACUCAGACACUGUCCAGGUGCUGCAAUACUCAGGGUGCCCAUUCUGUAUGGAGAAGUGGAGAAGGUGGAGGAGAGUGCCGUCACUGUGCUGUGGGAUCGAAUUCAGGACAGAACUGAGAGCUCAACUGUAGACCACUGCCAGCAGCGCUACCCCACCUAUACCAGCGAUGUGGCACGUGUCUGCAGGAACAUGGCUGAGCGAGCUCUUCAGGACUCGUCCUUGCGCGGGAUCUUCCAUUAUUCUGGAAAAGAGAGGAUGACUAAAUAUGAGAUAGCCUGUGCUAUUGCAGAUGCCUUUAACCUUCCCAAGAAUCAUCUGAUACCAUUGACAGAGCAGCCUGCAGGAGCUGGCGCUCAGAGGCCGCAGAAUGCGCAGUUAGAAUGUUCUCGUCUGGAGCUUCUUGGGCUGAGCGAGGAACCGACUCCCUUUAAAACAGCGAUUAGAAAGUGUCUCUGGCCAUUCCUCCAUGAUAAACGCUGGAGACAGACCGUCUUUCACUGAGUGACAAAACAUACAUUCCUGAUUUCAACAGAAAAUAGGGCCAAUCUGUUGACAAGCGAAACAGCUUUAGCUGAUACAAGUUAUAUUAAUGCAUACACAGCAAAUAAUGUAUUAUUUUGUUCUUGAUUUUAUAUUGCACUCUAGGUAAUAGUAUUGUUGCUCAAGACAGUUGAGGAUAAUUUGUGUAUGCUCUUUAACCACAUUCUAUCAUGAAUGUAGUAAAAAGCUGUCUGUCUGUGAGAUUGUUUAAGUGUACCCAGGAUGCCAGUAUCAUGUGUAUAUAUAUAUAUAUAUAUAUAUAUAUAUAAUCAGCUUGCUUAAUCCAUAUUGCAGAACACUGUAUAUCAUGUUUUGUCAUUAAGUUUUGGUUGGUAAGUAAAUUCUAAUUGUCUUCUGUUUGACAAAUUUCCAGCAAAUGUGAAAAAAAAAAAAAUAAGGGAAAAACAUUUAGCUUUAAAAUAUCUGAUCUUUUCAGAUUGAACAAUUGCAGAUGAAUGCACUAAAAUUCAUUAAAUCAUUGCUUAGAACAUGCACUGAUGCACAGCGCCGAUCAAGAUUUAUAAAACUUUUAGUUCAGGUUUUUGCAGCACAAUGCAACUGUAACUAUCUUUAUGAAAUAAAUAUGAUGUAACCCUAA